AUGUCAAAACUGUGUGGUUUGAACGUAGUUCAGCUACGAGAAGAACUACAGAAACGAAGCCUUGUCACAAGUGGCAACAAAGAAGUACUAGUAGCACGUCUGAGAGAAGCUCUCAUUGACGAAGAUAAGAACCCAGACGAAUUCAAGGUUGAUGAUGCUGGUGAAGACAAUAAAAUUAGCACAGGCACGUUUACAAACGCUAAAAUGAUGGAACUUCUGCUUAGUAUGUCAACUGAAAUAAAACAACAGAUCAAGGAACAGUCCGAACGACAGACAGAGGAGUUAAAACAGAUCAAAGAACAGUCCGAACGACAGUCCGAACGACAGACAGAAGAGUUAAAACAACAGAUCAAGGAACAGUCCGAACGACAGACAGAGGAGUUAAAACAGAUCAAGGACCAGCUAAAACACGUAAAAUUGGAAGUGGCAGAACAGAUUGAAGAACAGUCAACAAGAAUAGAAAUGAUCGAGCAGAAACUUGAUCGUCAGACCGUUGAGGUAGAUCACAAGAUAGACAAAUUGAAGCAAGAAUUGGAGCAAUCCAAAAUACCGUUAGAUCACGCAUCCGGAAGAACUUUGAAGGUACCAGCAUUUGACGGAGAGAUGUCUUGGAACGUUUAUAAAACCCAGUUCGAAGCAGCGGCAACUAGUAACUGUUGGAACGGAAAAGAACGAGCAACAGCACUGAUACUGGCCCUGCGAGGUUCAACAGCAGAGGUUCUUCAGACGAUUCCGGCGGAGAACCACUUCAACUAUGAAGUUCUGGUUAGCGCGUUGGAUUUACGUUAUGGUGAAGAACACAUGAAACAGAUUUAUCGGUCUCAGCUUAGAAACAGAACGCAACGAUCUGGUGAAUCCAUUCAGCAGCUGGCACAAGAUAUCGAACGGUUGACAUUGCUGUCGUAUCCGACAUCAGACCCCGAGCAUAGAGACGAAACUGUCCUGGAUACGAUGACGUUGCGCACAGUCUCACUUUUGAAUCGGCAAAGCAAGCAUCAAAAAGUGACGUACGUCUACGCCAAGUACACGAAGAAUGCUCUUGCCAGAAGGGGCGGAAAACCAAUAGGAGCCAACUUUGUGGGGCAGAGGUUGGCUAGUAGAAUUGACGCCCCCAGUACCGUAAUUAACGUUUCCAGAUUACAUCGAAAUCGAAACGACCUAUGGCUGAACGGAAAAGUUGAUCAACGAGAAUGUGUAAUUACAGUCGAAACCGGAGCAACAAAAUCGAUUUUAAGUUUAAACGGAUUCACUGUAAAUAUAAAAGUUAGAGAAAGUAGAUUGGAGUAA